GGGGAUGCGUGCGAGAGAGGAUAAAGCGAGGAAGUGCGCUGCGUUACCGCGCAUCAGGCGCUGUGUUGGGAGCCGGAAUACGGUGCGUCUCUGACCGCGCCGGGCCCUCGCUCACACACUCACCAAGCAGCGCGCGCCUCUCUGCCUUGGAAGUGGCAGCCGCUCCUCCCGAACACUCGCAGCCAGAGUGCGGCGAGAACGGGCGGGGGCCCAGGUACCCCUGGCAAGUCCACGGCGCCCAGGGCGCAAUGCAGGGCACGUGCGCCCCCCGGCUAUAAGCUGCCCGCUGACUGGAGCAUGAUCUGUGCCCAGGCCUGGGCUGCCAAGAUAACGGUGCUGUGUUCAGCAGAAAUGGAUACAGGAAGAGCAGCAUAGUUGAAAGAUUAAGUGAGGCAUCAUCUCUCUUUUCCUGGGAUUUAAACGCAAUUUAGCAGGGCAGAUGCCCUACCCGAAAAGGCCAGCCUUUAAAGAUCCCAGCAGUGUUGUGGUCCAAGGCGUCUCAAAGCAGGUGGCCAGAUCUGCGUUACUGAUCAGCGGACUCGCUCCGGCUGUGGCUAUUACGGAAUUGAUGCGUGUACACGCGGUGGGUCAUUAUGCUGCUGCACCUGUGUAGUGUGAAGAAUCUCUACCAGAACAGGUUUUUGGGCCUGGCCGCCAUGGCAUCUCCAUCCAGGAACUCACAGAGCCGGCGCCGGUGCAAGGAGCCACUCCGUUAUAGCUAUAAUCCUGACCAGUUCAACAACGUGGACAUCAGAAAUGGCCCUCAUGACCCUGUGACCAUCCCUCGUUCCACCAGUGAUACUGACCUAGUCACCUCAGACAGCCGCUCCACACUCAUGGUCAGCAGCUCCUACUAUUCCAUAGGCCACUCACAAGAUCUGGUGAUACACUGGGACAUAAAGGAGGAAGUGGAUGCUGGAGACUGGAUCGGCAUGUACCUCAUCGAUGAGGUUUUGUCUGAAAACUUUCUGGAUUAUAAGAACCGUGGAGUCAAUGGUUCUCAUCGGGGCCAGAUCAUCUGGAAGAUCGAUGCCAGUUCAUACUUUGUGGAACCUGAAACUAAGAUCUGCUUCAAAUACUACCAUGGAGUAAGUGGAGCCCUGCGAGCCACCACCCCCUGUGUCACGGUUAAAAACUCAGCAGCUCCCAUUUUUAAAAGCAUUGGUACCGAUGAGACUGUGCAAGAGCAAGGAAGCCGGAGGCUGAUCAGCUUUUCUCUCUCAGAUUUCCAGGCCAUGGGGCUGAAGAAAGGGAUGUUUUUCAAUCCAGACCCUUAUCUGAAGAUUUCCAUCCAGCCAGGGAAGCACAGCAUCUUCCCUGCCCUCCCUCACCAUGGACAGGAGAGGAGGUCCAAGAUUAUAGGCAACACUGUGAACCCCAUCUGGCAGGCCGAGCAAUUCAGCUUUGUGUCCUUGCCCACUGAUGUGCUGGAAAUUGAAGUGAAGGACAAGUUUGCCAAGAGCCGCCCCAUCAUCAAGCGCUUUUUGGGAAAGCUGUCAAUGCCAGUUCAGAGACUGCUGGAGAGACACGCCAUAGGGGAUAGGGUGGUCAGCUACACACUUGGCCGCAGACUUCCAACAGAUCAUGUGAGUGGACAGCUGCAAUUCCGAUUUGAGAUCACGUCCUCCAUUCACCCAGAUGAUGAGGAGAUUUCCCUGAGUACUGAGCCUGAGUCAGCUGAAAUGCAGGACAACCCCAUGAACAACCUGGUGGAAAGCAGUCGUCUAGAGCCUAUGUAUGAUGUUGGAGGGCCUUCAGAGAGCACUCAGCCAGAGCCACUGAGCAGUUCAGGGAACGAAAGGCUGGAGCUGGCUAAGCCUCUGGAAGAAGAAACAGGCACCGCGGCAGAAGACAAUGGCAUGAUAUUUGAGGGACCUGAAGGGGAUGGGGAGCUUCUGGCCCCAGGGCAAGAGGACCCCCAGUCCACCAUUAGUGCGGAAGAACUGGCAGAGGGGUUGGACCUGGAUGAAGAGGUACCAUCCCCACUGCUGCUGCAGGCUGGUGGAGCCCCAGCCAGCACUGAGGAACCCAUGGCAGAGGAGGCCCCAACAGAGAACCUGGAGGGGAAGGAGCAGGAGGAAGAAAAGGAGCAGGAGCAGGAGGAGGGGGAGGAGAUGUCUACCCUGGACCACGGAGAAGGCAUGAUGCAGAUAAGGGCCUCAGUGAAGAGAAAAAGCAGACCCUGCUCCUUGCCAGUGUCCGAGCUGGAGACCGUCAUCGCCUCGGCUUGCGGAGACCCUGAGACUCCGCGGACUCACUACAUUCGCAUUCACACCCUGCUGCACAGUAUGCCCUCUGCGCAGAGCGGCCAUACCGGAGAGGAGGAGGACGGGGCCGAGGAGGAGUCCACUCUCAGGGACUCCUCAGAGAAGGACGGGCUCAGUGAGGUGGACACGGUCGCUGCGGACCUGCCUCCACUGGAAGAGGAUAGGGAAGUACCCGAGGGGGCGACUCCAGCCCUGGCGUCACACAGCCACUCCGGGGACCUGUUCCCCAACAUGGCCAACGGCCAGGUGCUGGACGGCGAGCUGAACCCGAGCACUGGGAGUGAAAGCGACUCCAGUCCGCGGCAGGGGGGAGACCACAGUUGCGAGGGCUGCGACGCGUCCUGCUGCAGCCCCUCAUGCUACAGCUCCUCGUGCUACAGCACUUCCUGCUACAGCAGUUCCUGCUACAGCGCCUCCUGCUACAGCCCCUCCUGCUACAACAGCGGCAACAGAUUCGCCAGCCACACCCGCUUCUCCUCCGUGGACAGCGCCAAGAUCUCCGAGAGUACGGUCUUCUCCUCUCAGGAUGAUGAGGAGGAAGAGAAUAGCGCGUUCGAGUCCGUGCCGGACUCGGUGCAGAGCCCUGAGCUGGACCCGGAGGCCACCAAUGGCCCCGAGCAGUGGUCAGACGAGCUGGCCGGCCCUGGCGUGAGCGCGGCGAGAACCGCCGACGGGCUGGAUUCCCCGGUGGCAGGGCCAAGCAAUCGGAGAGAAGGUGAAUAUCCUAUACUCCAUAAUUCCCAGCCAGUAAACCAGCUUCCUUCCUUGAGGCCUGAACAUCAUCACUACCCAACAAUCGAUGAGCCUCUUCCACCAAACUGGGAAGCUCGAAUUGACAGCCAUGGACGGGUCUUUUAUGUGGACCAUGUGAACCGCACCACCACCUGGCAGCGUCCCACAGCAGCAGCCACACCCGAUGGAAUGAGGCGAUCAGGGUCCAUCCAGCAGAUGGAGCAACUCAACAGGCGGUAUCAAAAUAUUCAGCGAACCAUUGCAACAGAGAGACCGGAGGAAGAUGCUGGAAGCCAAAGUUGUGAGCAAGUCCCAGCAGGAGGAGGCGGAGGUGGUGGAGGCGGUGGAAGUGACUCAGAGGCUGAAUCUUCUCAGUCAAGCUUAGAUCUGAGGAGAGAAGGGUCACUUUCUCCAGUGAACUCACAAAAAAUCACCUUACUGCUACAGUCCCCAGCCGUCAAGUUCAUCACCAACCCUGAGUUCUUCACUGUGCUGCAUGCCAAUUACAGUGCCUACCGAGUCUUCACCAGUAGCACCUGCUUGAAGCACAUGAUUCUGAAAGUCCGGCGGGAUGCCCGCAACUUUGAACGCUAUCAGCACAACCGAGAUCUGGUGAAUUUCAUCAACAUGUUCGCAGACACCCGGCUGGAAUUGCCCCGGGGCUGGGAGAUCAAAACGGACCAACAGGGAAAGUCUUUUUUUGUGGACCACAACAGUCGAGCUACCACGUUCAUUGACCCCCGAAUCCCUCUUCAGAAUGGUCGUCUUCCCAAUCAUCUGACCCAUCGACAGCACCUCCAGAGGCUCCGAAGUUACAGUGCUGGAGAGGCCUCAGAAGUCUCUAGAAACAGGGGAGCCUCUUUACUGGCCCGGCCAGGACAUAGCCUAGUAGCUGCUAUUAGAAGCCAACAUCAACAUGAGUCAUUGCCACUGGCAUAUAAUGACAAGAUUGUGGCAUUUCUGCGCCAGCCAAACAUUUUUGAAAUGCUACAAGAGCGUCAGCCAAGCUUGGCAAGAAACCAUGCACUCAGGGAGAAAAUCCAUUAUAUUCGGACUGAGGGUAAUCAUGGGCUUGAAAAGUUGUCCUGUGAUGCAGAUCUAGUAAUUUUACUGAGUCUCUUUGAAGAAGAGAUUAUGUCCUACGUUCCCCUGCAGGCUGCCUUCCACCCUGGGUACAGCUUCUCUCCCCGCUGUUCACCCUGUUCCUCACCUCAGAAUUCCCCAGGCUUACAGAGAGCCAGUGCAAGAGCCCCUUCACCAUACCGGAGAGACUUUGAAGCCAAGCUCCGAAAUUUCUACCGGAAACUGGAAGCCAAAGGAUUUGGUCAGGGUCCAGGGAAAAUCAAGCUCAUUAUUCGUCGGGACCACUUGUUGGAGGGAACCUUCAAUCAGGUGAUGGCCUAUUCCCGAAAAGAGCUCCAGCGGAACAAGCUCUACAUCACCUUUGUUGGAGAGGAGGGCCUGGACUACAGUGGUCCCUCACGAGAGUUCUUCUUCCUGCUGUCCCAGGAGCUCUUCAACCCUUACUACGGGCUCUUUGAGUACUCUGCAAAUGACACUUACACGGUGCAGAUCAGUCCCAUGUCUGCGUUUGUGGAGAACCACCUUGAAUGGUUCAGGUUUAGUGGCCGCAUUCUAGGCCUGGCUCUCAUCCAUCAGUACCUUCUUGAUGCUUUCUUCACGAGGCCCUUCUAUAAGGCACUCCUGAGACUGCCCUGUGAUUUGAGUGACUUGGAAUAUUUGGAUGAAGAAUUCCACCAAAGCUUGCAGUGGAUGAAGGACAACAACAUUACAGAUAUCCUAGACCUCACUUUCACCGUUAAUGAAGAGGUUUUUGGCCAGGUAACAGAAAGGGAAUUGAAGUCUGGAGGCGCGAACACUCAGGUCACAGAGAAGAACAAGAAGGAGUACAUUGAGAGGAUGGUGAAGUGGCGGGUGGAACGUGGUGUGGUGCAGCAGACGGAGGCACUGGUGCGAGGCUUCUAUGAGGUUGUAGACUCCAGGCUUGUCUCCGUGUUUGAUGCCCGGGAGCUAGAGCUGGUGAUAGCUGGUACUGCAGAAAUAGACCUCAAUGAUUGGCGGAAUAACACUGAGUACCGGGGAGGUUAUCACGAUGGACAUCUUGUGAUCCGCUGGUUCUGGGCCGCAGUGGAGCGGUUUAAUAAUGAACAGAGACUAAGGUUGCUUCAGUUUGUCACGGGAACAUCAAGUGUGCCCUAUGAAGGCUUUGCAGCCCUGCGAGGAAGCAAUGGGCUUCGGCGGUUCUGCAUAGAGAAAUGGGGCAAAAUCACAUCUCUCCCCAGAGCACACACAUGUUUCAACCGAUUGGAUCUUCCACCAUAUCCAUCAUACUCAAUGCUAUAUGAGAAGCUGUUAACAGCAGUUGAAGAAACCAGCACCUUUGGACUUGAGUGAGAAAAUGCAAACUCGAGGGUCUGACAUUUACCUAAACAGUGUCAUCAGCCUUUCUGGGAUGAUUCUCCUUUCCCUUAAUCAGCUCUCCUUUGAUUUUGGUAUUCGAUGAUUUUUAUUUUCCAACAAAAUCAGGAUUGACAAAAAGCUGUGCAUGAAGAACUGCCUUCUUCUAAGAUCUAACCUUCAGGCUUCUCUCCUCUGUCUUCGAUGAACUGCUAGCCUGUAUGCAAUAUUAAAAAAAAAAAAAAAACAGAUGUCUCAAGGUCUGUGUAUACCUCCAUUACUAACAAUGAAAUAUGAAUGCAAGUUAUGCUACACUUGACCAAAUGGUAAUAAAUGUUUACUUCCAUUUAUAUAAUUUAAGGGGAAAUUUGAGCAUUAAGCAUUCCAAGCUUUUCUAUGCCCAUGUCUCCUGAGCAGAACCACCAUUUUUUAUAAUUUCUAACAACCAAAUCCAGAACUUAGGAGUUGAUCAACUCUUUCUUUUCCUCCCACUCUUCCCAUGCAUACCAUCCAUCCAAAGGACAACAGUAGCAAAACCGAAAUUUUUAUACAUUGAACUCAUAAUUCGUAUAUGGCAUCAGUCCCAUUAUCUGGAACUAGCCUAGACACAUGGUGCAAAUAUGACACUUUCCGAAAAAUAUCAACAGCAAGAAAGAUAUCCCCUACUGAUGUAAUGCAGUGCAUCCCAAUGGUUGCAAGGAGUGUGGACUCAAUUUGAGUUCAGAGAAGUCUAGAAGGAGAAGCAUCCCCAGUGAAUACUCACCACCACACAAGAAACACAAACUUGUGCACAUGCCCACGAAGAAAAUUUCAUGAUGUAACAUAAAGGAUGAGGCCUCUACCCCCACUGAGUUGUAUAGAAGGCAAUGAAGCAAACAGGAGAAAGGGAAGGACAUAUUACAUUGGCUUGAAUACCUGAGUUCUGUACUGUUUUGUUUUGUUUCAUUUUGUUUUAAUCUAGCUACAGUUCUCUUUCACAAAUGGAAAAAAAUUAUAAUCUCAUGACUUUUGUUAAAACCAGAUAUUGCUUGAUUGGCAGACAAACUUUUUUUUUUUAACUUUGAUUUUGGUUUUUAUGUGCAUAUAUAUAUUUUUUUACUCCUAGUUUUUAAAUUCCUUCACAUCUGAUUGUCCACAGAGACCACACUAAAUAAGAAGCUGCAGAGAAUGAUGGUGCUUGUUAGAGAUCAAGGGCAAUCUAACACUUCUCCUUCAUCCAUGGCAAUUUUCCUGGAGCAGAACCUAACACUCAAAAGGCACGCUGACUUGUGUCAAAAUAAAUAUCCAGUUUCUUUUAGCAUUCAGUAAAAAGAUAUCUCAGAAAAUCUUAGUGUUUUCAGAAAAACAGUUGCAGGCUCCAAAAACAGCCUAACUGGUUGCAUUUGAAAUCAACCCAACGAUAA